AUGUCCCGUGCUCGCGUUUUUGAAUGGUUUAAACGAUUUAAAGAGGGUAGCUCAGCUGUUGAAAGUGAUGAACGUGAAGGAAGCCCGUCAACAAGCCGCAAUGAGGAAAUUAUCCAAAAAAUACAAACAGCAAUACAAGGUAACCGUCGUUUAACAAUCAUGGAAAUUAGUAACGAGUUCCAAAUUUCAUUUAGAUCAGUUCAAACCAUAUUGACGACUGAUUUAGGCAUGAGAAGGGUUGCAGCCAAAUUUGUUCCAAAACUGCUCUGA